AUGUCUAUUCUUCUAGUAGACUCUUACGACUCGUUCACGUACAACCUGCGCCAUCUUGUUGAAAAUGCGACAGGUGCACAUGUGCUAACAAUUCAUAACGAUUCGUACGAUCUUUCUCGUGAGAAGGAGAGUCUCGACAAAUUAGUUGGAUCAGUCGAUGCUAUCGUGAUUGGUCCUGGGCCUGGAAAUCCCGAAUUUGCGCAAGAUGUGGGCAUCAUUCCGUAUCUCUUUGAAUCCUUUCCCAACACCCCGAUUCUUGGAAUUUGCCUCGGUUUCCAAUGUUUGUGUCUGGUGCAUGGUUGCACGUUGGGGUAUCUUGAUCACCCUAUCCAUGGUCAGGUAAGCAAAAUAACGCCAAUCGACAAACAAUCCUUAUUCAAUGGUUUUGAUUCUGCUUUCUACAGUGUGCGGUACCAUUCAAUCUAUAUUUCAAAGGUAACUGACGACAUUAUCCCACUCGCCUAUUCGGAAGAUCAAUGUCUGAUGGCAGCCAGACACGCUCACAAUCCUCAUUUUGGAGUCCAGUAUCAUCCUGAAUCCGUCUGCUCGGAGAUGGGCGGCACAGUUGUAUCGAACUUCUGGGCUUUGGUUGAAAAAAAAGGAACCGCUCCUGUUAAAGACUCGCACCUUUUGCAGACAGAACCAUUAAUUAAGCAUUUCAAAACUACUUUGGAGUACGACUACAAGUAUGAAAAACUGCCCAAAGUUGAGAUCCUAUCCGCAUGCGAGCAAUUUUCUGAUCUGCUUUUACUGAACAGUGCCGCGUUGCCGGGAGAAUGGUCCAUAAUAGGGUUGCCCGAGCCAGGGAAGAGCCUGGUAGUUGGAAACUCUCACGAAGCAGGAUUGUCAGUUGGAACCUGGAAAGGGGAGAUGGAGGCUCAUUCAGACUCGAUGUGGUCUUAUAUUUGCAACCAUAUGUCUCAGCGGUAUUACGAGCCCACAAUUGAUGACCCGGAACUGGCGAAAUGCCCGUUUGUUGGGGGAUUUAUUGGGUUCUUGUCGUACGAGGAAUCUGUACCACUAACGGUGAACAAGAUCACUGUAGGACCGACUCCAAGCACGAGGCUCUGUUUCGUGGACCGCUUCAUCGCCAGCAACGACAGGCACACGUUUGUGGUGUCUAUUCGUCCAGGAGACCAGGGUUGGAUACAGCAAGCAAAGAGUCGGUUGCAAAGUUAUCGAGAAAUCAGCUUUUUAUCUUCAGUGAACGCCAAAGUGGAGAAGCCAGACAGAAAAAGCUACGAAAAAAGCUUUAACGACUGCCAAAAGUACCUUCACACUGGCGACUCAUACGAGCUAUGUCUGACUCGGCAGACCAAAAUACACAUUCCGAAGAAUAUCGCGCCCUGGGAAAUAUACAAAUGUAUGGUUAAAAGCAACCCUUCCCCAUACUCAUGCUAUCUGGAUUUUGGUGACGCAAGGCUUCUGUCGACCUCGCCCGAGCGGUUUCUCAGCUGGGACAACAUGGUGUCUCAGAUGAGACCGAUAAAGGGGACCGUGAAAAAGGGCUCAGAAAUGACCUAUGCCAGAGCCUGCGAGCUGCUGAAAAUACCAAAGGAGAUUGGAGAAAACCUCAUGAUUGUGGACCUGAUCCGCCACGACCUCUACCAGAUGCUGGAAUCAGUCGAGGUGACGAAGCUCAUGUCCGUGGAAGAGUACCACACUGUUUAUCAGCUGGUUUCAGUUAUUGAGGGCCGGUUGCAAGACAGCAGCUACUCGGGAAUAGAUUUACUGAGACACUCUCUUCCGCCAGGGUCGAUGACAGGUGCACCGAAAAAACGCAGCGUAGAGAUUCUUUGUGACCUUGAGGAAAGAAUUCCAAGGGGAUUGUAUUCUGGGGUAUGCGGAUACUGGUCUGUGAAUAAUCAUGCCGACUGGAGCGUGGUCAUCCGUUCGCUGUUUAAUUACGAAGACGAUCUUUGCUCCACCGAGACGACCAGAUGUUUUAGAUGCGGUGCUGGCGGAGCAAUUACGGUCCUAAGCACUUGCGAGGGCGAAUGGGAUGAAUUAAACCUGAAACUGGAUAGUGUCUUGAAAAUAUUUAACUAAUGCUAAUUUUCCAGUUGAAUUCUGUUGCGCGCGGCCAGCGACCCAGAGAACGUGAACUUGUGGCACCCGUUCUGCUGGGCUCUUUUUUUAGGCUCGGAACUGGUAGCACCGUAUCCACCUCCUCCGGGAGUGAGUAUCCGAAUGCGGUCUCCUGCUGCCACCUGGACAGAAGAGCGGCCACCGAUAUUGAUAAUCCGCUCCGACUCCUUACCUUCGCUGUCCUUCGUCUUCUUUAUCCACAGGUUGACGCCCCUGGCACCGUCCUUGCCGCCAGCAAUUCCAUGUGGCGCAAUCACUCGUCUUUCGGAAAGAAUAGAAGCCGUGACAGGGACUCUAAACUCCACGUCUCUUACGACACCAUCACCUCCUCUGUGCAUACCAUCACCACCGGAGCCCUUUCUAAUAGAGAACUCGCGCAGAAUGAUGGGGUAUCUCUUUUCGAAAACCUCAGGGUCUGUGAUUCUGGUGUUGGUCAUGUUCGUGUGGACUCCAGAAACUCCCUCCCAUUUGGCAGACGCUCCGUGGCCACCAGCAAUGGUCUCGUAGUAUCCAAAUCCCUGAGAAUAUUUCCCGUCUGGACUGUUUCCACCAGUACCAAAGGUGAAGUUGUUGCAACAUCCCUGGGAGUCGGCCAUCACGUGGAACGCUUUCAGUAAUGUAUCGGUGAUACGUUGCGAGGUACACACGUUUCCACCAACAACAGCACAACCGUCGUCGGGAGACAGAAGCGAGCUCUCAGGGAUGACCACCUUGAUAGGGUCCAAACAUCCUUGGUUCAUCGGGAUGUCCUCGUCCACAAGACACCGCAGACAGUAGAUUAUGGCAGAAAAAACGAUGGCUCUUGGAGCAUUAAAAUUGUUGUAGGCCUGAGGAGAGGUUCCUGUGAAAUCAAAAACAACCUUGCCGUCCUCGCGGUCCUUGCGAACUUGCAAUUGAAUCGCACUGCCGUCAUCCAUGUAGUCUGUGCAAACAAGGUUUUCCUCGCCGUGCUCUUCGAUCAGCUUGUCCAGCAUAGCAGAAACUGUUUGUUUGGCAUUCUCCUGGAUAGCGGUCAUGUAUCUGAUGAUGGUAGGAAGUCCAAACUCGUCUACCAGGCUCUCGAUGAGAGAAAUACCCUUCUGGUUUGCUGCAACCUGGGCUUUCAGAUCGGAAAUGUUGUCGGACAAUCUUCUGGUUCCCGAGCUACCGGGGUACUUGGCGGGAUCCUCCAACAUAAUCUUGGUGAUCUUGCUCAUUUGGAACUCUCCAUCUCUCACCAGCAGCUCAGAGUAGAAAGUAGCACCUUCUUCCCACAGCUCCUUUGAGUUUGGAGGCAUGGACCCUGGCAAAACUCCUCCGAUGUCUGCGUGGUGUGCCCGUGAAGCAACGUAAAAUAUGAUUUUGUCGCCGUCGAAGGCAGGCGUGAUCACCGUGAUGUCCGGAAGAUGCGUUCCGCCAGCAGAAGGAUGGUUGGAAACAAGCACAUCGCCAGGUUUCAGCUUUCCCUCCCAGAGUUUGGCCUGGGUAGCAACACAGGUGGACAUGGAUCCCAGGUGCACGGGAACAUGGGGGGCGUUGGCAACCAGAUUUCCAUGAGGAUCGAACAAAGCGCACGAGAAAUCGAGUCUCUCUUUCACGUUGACAGACACGGAAGUCUUUUGUAACGAAAUGCCCAUUUGCUCAGCAAUAUCCAUGAACCUGUGGCCAAAAAUGGACAGCAAAACAGGCUCCACGACAAUCUCCUCGUCACCCGUGGCAAUAGGCUUCUUCUCCUCAGCUAGCUGGAUAACAAGGUGUGCGUUCAGAACGGUAGCCGUAGCUUUUGGAGGAAUCACGUUAGUCUGGGUACCGUCGGCGACAAUAGCAGGUCCGACGAUCUGAGUGCCAACAUCAAGCUGCUCUAGUCUGUACACAGGAGUGUCUAGAUCCUCGUCACCCCAGAAUGUUUUCUUGACAAACUGGACUUUGCUUUUGGAGACGGCAGUCAGACGGUUUUCAGAUUCAAGACGCUGCAAUUGGUCAUCGAUGGCCUCUUCCUGUCUGUCAAGCCCUUUACCAAUGGCUCUCACACGAAUGUCAUCCACAAUGAUUUCUUUGUCGAAGAUGAACCCAAACUCUCGCUUAUGGAGAGCAAAGAAAUUCUCUUUGAAGUCCCAGUCUUUGCCCUUAACCACCAUGAGUCCAGACUCUGUUCCCUGGUAUCUCAGAUUCAGAUACUCUUCGAACGAGAUAUCUUCAUUCUUAAAGCCUUGGGCCUGCAGAGAUGUUGAUGCCUGCUGCUUAAGUGCUUCCAGACGGGCCUCCAACAUAGACCGGGUGCUAUCCUCCAGCAGAUAUGAGGAAGGCUCUUGCACCUCCUCGACAACGUCAGCCAGCGCCAUACCGUAUGCCGACAGAACAGAAGAGAAUCUGUGCACCAGCACAACAGAGAUGUUGAGCAGCUUUGCCACGUCGCACGCGCACUGUCCACCGGCACCUCCAAAAGAAACGAGUCUGUGUUUGGCAAGAACGUGACCUUUAGCCUCUGUCAGCUGGCGGACUGGACGGGCCAUGGUCUCGUUGGCAACCUUGAGAAAACCCCAUGCGGCCUGCUGGAUGCUCAUCGGUGGAAGAUGUGGAUGAGCGGCAUUAAUCUUGUCUGUCAUUUCUUGAAAUUUCUUUUCAGCAACCUCUAUAUCCAGUGGCUGGUCUUCGUUGGGCCCAAAAAUGCUUGGGAAAUAUUCUGGCACGAGUCUUCCCAGAAUCAAAUUAGCGUCGGUAAUGGUCAAUGGGCCACCCUUGCGGUAGCAGGCAGGUCCCGGGUGGGAAGAAGCAGAUUCUGGGCCGACCGUCAUGAGACCGUUUUUGAAAUCAAGAAUGCUGCCUCCGCCAGCAGCCACCGUGUUGAUAUCCAGCUGUGGAGACUGAAUUGUGACGCCGGCAGUGGUGGUUUCGAAAACGUGAUCAAACUUACCGUCCCCAAACCGCGAAACGUCCGUGGAUGUUCCACCCAUAUCAAAACCGAUCAGGGGAAUUUUAUUCUUAGGGUUGUAGCAGGUCUUGGAGUAGCCAACGACACCUCCUGCUGGACCAGAUAAAAUGGCUCUCAGACCAGAAAACCCAGAAGCGUCGACCAAACCACCGUCCGACUGCAUGAACUGGCAUUUAACACCAGAGGUCUUUCCAUGUGCAACGCUGGCUAAACCGUCUUUGAGGCCUGAUUCGAAGCCAGACAAGUAUUUCUUGAUUUCUGGGGUCAAAUAUGCAUCUGCCACUGACGAGUUGGCUCUUGGAACAAGCUUGAUCAUUGGCGUGAGCUUGUGGGAAAGCGAUAUGUGAGUGAAUCCAACUUCUUCGGCAAUUCUGCCAACCAGAAGCUCAUGGUCUGGGAAGGUGAACGAGUGAAGCAAACAGACGGCUAGAGAUCGGAUACCGGUUCCAUACAGGACCGUCAGCAAGCUUCUGAUCUCGUCCUCAUUUGGCCUCUUGAGCACGCGGACAGUCUCCCCAGAGAGACCUUUGACCAGGUCAACUCCAUUUGGUGCCGUGUAAUUUCUUUGCGGAUCUUCAACAAAGUCCUCCAAAGUGACUCUCUCGUCGAUCUCGAUAACACUCUCGUAGAUGACGUCAGGCUUGGCAAUGGAUAAGUCAAAGAUGUGUGGCCGGGACUGAUUACCGAUGCGGAGAAUAUCCUGGAACCCUUGGGUCGUCACCAAAGCACAGCGCUCUCCUUUUCUCUCUAAAAGAGCGUUGGUGGCAACGGUGGUACCUAGACGCAGAUGCUGAAUUCUGGACGUGUCGAGUGGCUUCCCACGGGGUAUUUUCUCGCCAGUAUAAAUCUCCAUCAGUCUUCUAAUACCUUCUAGAUUUGCAUCCGGAUAGUUUUGAGGAUCCACUGAUAAGAGCUUGAUAACAACAUCUUUCUUGCCGGAGUCGGAGUCCCAACUACCAACACAGUCGGUGAAUGUUCCUCCUCUAUCAAUUGCGAUUCUCACACCGGCCAUUUUGGUUCCCAUGUCUAAGAAUACAC